AAGCUUCUGUUUAGCAUUAUGUCAUUCUGGUGUCAUGGCGGCCCCCGUGGCCCUCGUUCAAGGUGCCAGCCGGGGACUGGGUCUGCAGUUUUGCAAACAUAUUUUAAAAAACAAACUCCCGGCCAGUGUCAUAGCGACGUGUCGGAACCCAGAAGGGGCCGCGGAGCUGCAGGGGCUGGUUGGACAACACCCCGACCGUAUGACGGUACUUCAGCUGGACGUGAAUCGCGAGGAGGAGAUCCGGGAGGCAGCCGAGCGGGUGAAGGAGAGGUUCGGGCGGCUUGAUUUGAUGGUCAACUCGUCGGCUUUGCUUCACCCCUCCGGAAAAGGAGAGACCAGUCUGAGAGAUGUUUCUGCACACGGCAUAAUAGCCACCUUGACCACCAACACGAUGGGUCCGCUGGUGAUGGCCAAGUACUUUGCUCCCCUCCUGCAGAAGGGCAACGGUGGCUUCGGUCGACAGCCGAUUGACAAGGCCAAGCAGCACAGCGGCAUCAUCGUCAACAUCACAGCCAAAGUUGGCUCAAUUGGCGACAACGGUCUUGGAGGCUGGUACAGCUACAGAAUGUCUAAAGCGGCUCUAAACAUGGCCACAAAAAAUCUUUCUAUCGAGCUGGGCCGCAGUCGACCCAAGGUGCUCUGUGUUUCCUUGCAUCCAGGAACAUUAGACUCAGAUUUGUCAAGACCGUAUCACAGGAAUGUACCUGAGGGGAAACUGUUCAGCACAGAACGCUCUGUGGGGUACCUCAUGGGCAUUGUCGAAGCGCUGGAUGUGGAAAAGACGGGUAAAGCCUACAGCUGGGAUGGUACUCAACUGCCUUGGUAGCAAAACAAAUGAAGGAAGGUUUAUGAAAGAGGACACUUCACAUUUUAAUCAAACAAAUGGUGUGAUGGGAUUCUGAUGUAUGUACUGUAAAGUUGUUCUCUUAAAUUUACAUCCCUUAGGAGAAUGUGGGAAAUAAUGACAAAUUUCCGGAAAAUAUGACGGGCUCAUUA